CCAUUACCAUAUGCCUGUCCUCCCCAAUUAAGGUGUCACCAACCUCCUGUCGCCUAUGUAUAAUACACUGGUAGCAUAGUGUACCCUACUCUACCCUAUUACGCACUUUUGGAUGUAGCUGAAAUUUUACACGUUCUUCAUUCAGCAAUUUUCCAUGUUUUACAACAAUAACACUUAUUGUGGAGUAGUUUGUCAUAAUGGACAAAUAUAUUUUACACAGGCACUAAGCAGGCAGCCCUGGUCUGUCACCUCCAAUAAGUUGUUCAGAGAACUCGGCACUUUGAGGGACUGAACGCAUUCUAAAUGGAGCAGAGAUAUUGGAGAUAAAAAAAACUUAAAUAGCUAACCAUCCAAUACAAUUUUAAGUGGGAGUGUGGUGAGCGGCCGUGAUGGGUGACACGGAGCUGGGUCUGUCUGCUGUACAGCCAGAGGAACUAGAACCGCAGAGCCCCUCCACAGCCUCCUCCUCUCCCUCACUCUCUCUGCCCUCCUCCCCUUCCUCUGGAUCCUACCACUAUCAGCAGACCACCAGUCCCAGCCCCACUCACAGCGAUGGUCCAGCCGCCUCCAGCCCACCCCUGGAUGUCAUCUCAGAGGGCGUGGGCGAGCUGACCCUGGUCAUCGAUCCCGAGGUGGCCAAGAUGGCCUGCCAGGAGGUGCUGCAGAAGGUGAAGUUUCUCAAAGGCGAAAGUGAGGGGUCAGGUCCUGGGUCUGAUGGUGGCAAUAGCACAGACCAAACACUGGUCAACGGGACUGUACAUACAGAGCCUAUCAAGCCCCCAAAAAUCCCCGGGGAGGAGGACUCUGAGGCACUGCCUCCAGGCUCGGUGAAAAGCGCGCGGCGGCGCCAGCGCCACAACCCCUCCAAGCAGUCGUGGCUGCUGCGGCUGUUUGAGUCCAAACUCUUUGACGUGUCAAUGGCCAUCUCCUAUCUACACAACUCCAAGGAGCCGGGUGUGCAGGCCUACAUCGGCAACCGUCUGUUCAGCUUCCGCCACGAGGAGGUGGACUUCUACCUGCCGCAGCUUCUCAACAUGUACAUCCACAUGGACGAGGACGUGGGAGACGCCAUCAAGCCCUACGUGGUGCACCGCUGCCGUCAGAGUAUCUCCUUCUCGCUGCAGUGCGCCUGGCUGCUGGGCGCCUACUCCUCCGACAUGCACAUCUCCACACAGCGACACUCGCGCGGCACCAAGCUACGCAAACUCAUCUUCUCCGACGAACUCAAACCAGCUGCAGUCCGUGCCCGCCAGCCACUGACGUUGGCCCCUUUCUGCCCACUUCCGACCGCUGCACCAUCCCUGCACGGGCACGGCUUGGGCGGAGAGCACGGUCUGUCGCCUACUAAGCGCACGCAUCAGCGCUCCAAGUCGGACGCCACGGUCAGCAUCAGCCUGAGCAGCAACCUGAAGAGGACAGCGAGCAACCCCAAGGUGGAGAGCAACCAGGACGAGCCGGCGCGUCUGGCACCGCAGAGAGAGUUCAUCAAGUCCCUGAUGGGCAUUGGGAAGCGGCUGGCCACGCUGCCCACUAAGGAGCAGAAGACGUCCCGGCUCAUCUCGGAGCUUUCGCUGCUCAACCACAAGCUGCCCGCCCGCGUCUGGCUGCCCACCGCCGCCUUCGACCACCACGUGGUGCGCGUCCCUCACACACAGGCUGUGGUGCUCAACUCCAAAGACAAGGCGCCGUACCUCAUCUAUGUGGAGGUUCUGGAGUGUGAGGACUUUGAGACGUCCAACGUUCCGGUGCGGAUCUCCGAGACCAGGAUCCGCAGCACGCGCUCAGUGGAGAACCUUCCGGACUGCGGCAUCACGGCAGAUCAGCGAGCCGGGGGCUUCUCAACGGUUCACAACUACGAUGAGGAUAACGAAGCCUGGUCUGUGGACGACAUCGGGGAUCUGCAGGUGGAGCUCCCAGAGUUCCACACCAACAGCUGUGACAACAUCUCCCAGUUCUCAGUGGACAGCAUCACCAGCCUGGACAGCAAGGAGCCCAUCUUCAUCGCUGCUGGAGACAUCAGGCGGCGUCUCUCAGAGCAGCUAGCUCACACACCCACCACAUUCAAACGGGACCCAGAGGACCCUUCAGCAGUGGCCCUCAAGGAGCCGUGGCAGGAGAAGGUUCAGCGGAUAAGGGAGGGCUCCCCAUAUGGACACAUCCCUACCUGGAGGUUGUUGUCAGUCAUCGUCAAGUGUGGCGACGACCUUCGGCAAGAGCUCCUGGCCUCUCAAGUGCUGCAGCAGCUCCAGAUCAUCUGGGAACAGGAGCGCGUGCCUAUCUGGAUCAAACCCUACAAGAUCCUGGUGAUCUCCUCUGACAGCGGCAUGAUUGAACCCAUAGUCAACGCAGUGUCCAUCCACCAGGUGAAGAAACAGAGCCAGAUGUCUCUGCUGGACUACUUCCUGCAGGAACACGGUACCCACACCACCGAGGCCUUCCUCACGGCCCAGCGCAACUUUGUCCAGAGCUGUGCAGGCUACUGUCUCAUCUGCUACCUGCUGCAGGUCAAAGACAGACACAAUGGCAACAUCCUGUUGGACGCUGAGGGCCACAUCAUCCACAUAGACUUUGGCUUCAUUCUGUCCAGCUCGCCCCGCAACCUGGGCUUCGAGACCUCUGCUUUCAAGCUCACCAACGAGUUUGUAGACGUGAUGGGAGGUCUGGAUGGAGACAUGUUUAAUUACUAUAAGAUGCUCAUGCUGCAGGGCCUGAUAGCAGCACGUAAACACAUGGACAAAGUCAUCCAGAUAGUGGAGAUCAUGCAGCAAGGCUCCCAGCUGCCCUGCUUCCACGGCUCCAGCACCAUCCGGACCCUGAAGGAGCGUUUCCACAUGAGCCUGACGGAGGAACAGCUGCAGGUCCUGGUGGAGCAGAUGGUGGACGGAUCCAUGCGCUCCAUCACCACCAAGCUCUAUGACGGCUUCCAGUACCUCACCAACGGCAUCAUGUGAACGUGUGUGUGCGUAUGUACAGGACGUGUGUAUGGAAAGGAUACAUGAGUGUGUGUGUGUUUCUAAAUGUGCAGUGGACAUACAUGGACUGGACUGGAGAGGCCGCACCACGGGCAGAGACCACUCCCCCUACAAGUCCCCAUACCUCUACAGACAGAAUACAUUCAUAAUUUAUAGUUGUGUUUCUAACACCACCUCAACCUUGGACUGAUGUCUUUCCUCACAGGAUUUAGACAGGAGAUUGGAGAGGUUUAAGCUGUGGUUUUCAUCUUUUCUUGCAUCUUUAUUCAUAUCUCUCUGUUUCUCUGUCUGUUUUACCCCCUUAUAUCUUUCCAUGUGCUUUGUUUUCUCCAAUAGGAAUGUGUUCUGUUUCUCCCCGUCUCUGCAGUAUGUAAUAGUACAGUUUCCCUGUGCCUCAGAUAUACAUGACACUCACCAGCCCUUUAAAUCAAUCUGUCUCACCCCAGUGUGUGAUGGUGUUCAGUCUCCAUAUUGACCAUUUCAUUCCAAAUUCUCUAUUACAGUGGUUUUCUCUACACUUUCUCAGUCAUGGAAUGAACACUUAGUGAAAUGCUUAGGAACCAGCUCUGUUUCCAUUGUCUUUGGACUGCCAUUGACUGUUCUUGGUUGUCGAGGAGUGACAUUGUUUGCUAGAUGCACAUAGUUCCCUCAAAAUAUGAUCCGACAAUAGUGGGUUGGAAUGAGGUAGCGCCACGCUACCGAUGUAUCUUCUAUCAACCUAAUUUCUUCUGUAAGCUUUUGUGCAUCACUUUGUAUGAAGGGACAUGACUCAACUGUGAAGACUUGUAUUUCUACCUGGUAUAAUUUUGGAGGAAGAAGAAGAGCCUACUGCUGUCUGUAUUGAGCCACUAGAAACUGGUACUUGUGGGGAGGGUCUGAAUAGACAAAAGGAGAGCAAAGCAGUUCUACAAGAACCAAUGUGACUGAAGUACCUCAGAAGAACCCAGUAUUUCACCAAAGCAGCAAAGGCUUUGAACAUUGAGGAAAAUAGUCAAUUUACAAAUGGUUGAAUUUAAGGUGUUACUUCAACAUUUCUAAAUCAGAAUGCUUUUGGAUGGAGGUUGAUAAAGAUGGGGUCUAUGAAAUGUAUGGCUGAUUUCCUGUGUUUCGGGGCAGGAUAGAGAUGACUUGUCCAUCCACCACUCUACAUUCAUCUCAAUAGAAUCUGGAUUUUCACCCCUAUUCCAGAUGUCUGAAUAUGUAAGGGCAAACCAAUUACAAGCUAGAAUCCUAAUUAAAUGUAUUUCUCCCAAUAGUUUUUCUACUACCUUUAGUGUUUUUGUCAAACCUUUUUAUUUCUUUAUGAACUGUUAUUUAAUGGACCAGCUGUUAUGAUCACGUGACCUCCCUUAACUUGUACAUUUUUCUUUGUAAUAAAUUUAAUUUGUCUGUCAGGCUGUUGAAAAUGA